AUGUUUCGACGGCAAGAAGGGUUUGCGAGCUUGUUCUUUCAGGAUAAGUGGUUCUUGUGGCUCGUCUGGCCGGCCGUUGUUGUUCAUGCUUCCUGUGAGCCUCCCAACCGGCCCUACUCUGCUGAAUAUGUGAUAGCUCACAAAAACUGCGGUUUGGCUACAGACGCAGGAGAGGAUACUGGACUCAAUCUUCGUGCACUAUCUGACGCCCCUCACGGAUAUGCCCCAUCUGAAGUCGAAUGUCCAACCUCCGUUCCCAGUGUACGUAGCGCCGCGAAGCUGUCGCCCAGCGAGCUAAAUUGGCUGGGGCUCUGGCGACAAAAGACAUUCAAGGCGAUGAAAUACUUCUUCGGCCAUACUCAAAUCAAGGAUUUUAACGCCGUGUCCUACCUUGAUAAUAUCUCCAGUGACGCCUUGCUUCUGCCUAACAUUGGCAUCGCUGUCUCCGGAGGAGGUUACCGUGCCCUGAUAAAUGGUGCUGGUGCCCUCAAGGCCUUUGACGGCCGGACCGAGAAUGCCACUGCUAAGGGACAAUUAGGCGGCUUGUUGCAGUCAGCUACAUACUUGGCCGGUCUCAGCGGUGGCGGGUGGCUCUUUGGUUCUGUUUACCUCAAUAAUUUCACUACAAUUUCCUCGCUGCAGACAAAUACUCUUGGAACCCCAUGGCAGUUUGAGAACUCGAUCAUCAUAAGGGUCCCGAUGAUGGAGGGCCCCUUCUGA